AUGAGGCUAGGGUUGAGUACUCCGUUUGGGUGCUUCCUUACGGGGCUGUUUGGUCAUGGUGCUGCAUUCUUGAUCCAUCCAUUUCCUCCUGGUGUCAAUACAACAUAUGAUUUCAAUUGGGCCAACGUCCCUCCUUCAAGGGAGCUUCACUAUCACAAAUGUUAUGACUCCUUUGAAUGCGCCAGGUUAGAGGUCCCGCUCGACUGGUCCAAUCUCUCGAAUCCCGGCUCGGUCAUUCUGGCGAUCACGAGGUUGCCUGCUGUGGUGGACGUGGGAGAUGAUUCCUUUGGGGGUACUGUUGUCAUCAAUCCCGGAGGCCCGAGCGGUUCUGGUGUGGCCAUUGUGCUUUGGUCCGGUAAGAGCAUCCAAAACGUCCUGGACGGCGACAAGCAUUUCGAGAUCCUGUCUUUCGACCCCCGAGGCGUACAGUUCUCAACUCCCAGUUUGGCCUGCUUCCAAGACGACACAAUGAGGGACACUCUCAACCUCCUGGGGGCAGGGUCUGGAAGCCUCGAGUCGAACCCCAAUGCUUUGGGUGUCAAAUGGGGCAUUGAUAAAAGCCUUGGCCUUCUUUGCGCACAGACGAGCAAAGGCAGAUUUCCCGACGGAUCAACGAUUCGUCAGUUUGUGAGUACGGCUUUGGUGGCCCAUGAUAUGGUAGAAAUCGUUGAUCAAGUUGACGCACAUCUUCGGAAGGAGCUGAAGACCAAAAGCAACCGUAUCCGCCACCAGCAGACGCUUGUCUCUGCUGAUUCAAAUGAGGGUCCUCCGCUUCUCAACUACUGGGGUUUGUCGUACGGCACUUAUCUGGGCAAUACGUUCGCCUCUAUGUUUCCGCACCGUAUUGGUCGCAUGGUCUUGGACGGUGUCGUCGACGCGGACGACUACGCCGCCACAGGAUGGACGAGUAAUCUUCAGGACAACAUCAAGACGUGGACCAAGUUCUUCGAGUACUGUUUCGAGGCCGGAUCAAAGUGUGCUCUAUCGCAACCCCAAAUCAGUGGGCCUGAAGAGAUGCGGUUGCGGGUCGAGGACUUUCUUGACGGGCUCAAGGACAACCCCUUACCCUUGGUCCAAAACGACAACGCUUACAUCCUCACUUACUUCAACAUGAAGUCCAUCAUCCACCUGCACCUAUAUCAACCCAUUCAGCUCUGGCCGCUGUUGGCAUUAGUCCUCAAAGCUCUAAUGGAGCAAGAUGUCUACAGCGCCAUGUCAGCGUGGGAGAGCUGGCCGUUUCCCGAAUUUCGGGAUUUUGCACCAUUGCUCCCAAAUGCUCUCCACAUAGCUACCACGCUCCCUGGUGCCUUCAUGAUGGGAAAGGACCUGCCGCUCCCAGCGAGCUAUCCGUGGCAACUGGAAUCCGGCGUCUCCAUCCUCUGUGGGGACGGCGACGACAUCACCUUCCGAUCCAAGGAAGACUUUACAAAGUACCUCGAUCUGCUAUUGUCGCAAUCUCCCCUUGUCGGAUCGAUCUGGGCAGAAAUCACCUUACAUUGCAUCCACUGGCCCGCGAUCAACCGUCCUUCGGCGAAAAACCGGUUCACGGGCCCCUUCCAGUCCAACCUCUCGGAUUACGACCGUCGCGCGAGUCCGUUGCUGUUCAUCGGCAACACGGCGGAUCCCGUAACUCCGGUGCGCAAUGCGUUCAAGAUGGCGGAGCGGCACGAGGGGAGUGUGGUGGUCACGCAGGACAUGCCGGGACAUUGCGCGGGCACGACAAACCCGAGCGUGUGCACGUUUGGGAUCUUGAGGAGGUUUUUUGCACACGGCGAGAUGCCGGAGGCGGGCCUUGUGUGUCAGGCGGCUGUGAAGCCUUGGGAUAUAUGA